CAUAUCUUUCGAAAUAAUUUCGAAAUAUAAGUUUUACAUUUCAUUAUGGAUAGCAGAACAACUAAUUGCUUUGUGUUACUCUUGGUCAUUUUGAUAACUUCCGGUUAUUGUGCAGCCCUUGCUGGAAACUCUACUCCAGCACCUGGUGCAAAUAAAACAAACAACGUAGUGACAGCAGCCCCAGCCCUUACUGGAAACCCUACUCCAGCACCUGGAGCAAAUAAAACAAACAACGUAGUGACAGCAGCCCCAGUUCAAGGCGCAAAUUCUCCUACAAACUCACCAGCGGCUACAACAAAAUCGCCAAAACACUGCAUCGAGGGAAAAUGUGUUGCUGCUGGUGAUGAUGAAUCAUGUCUUGGGAAAGUUACAGGCACAUGUCCGUUCAUUGGCAGCUGUACGAAAAUAAUUACCAAGAAUCAAACACACUCAGUUUUUGAACUUGCUUGUGGUAAAGCAACCUGUCAAAAGGUAGCAUCGACAACAACAGUGAAUCCAACACCAGCUGCAGCAACACCAACGACAACUUCUACAUGUUGCACUGAUGCUCUAUGCAAUAAGUUUCAACCUAUGUCAGCAGGUGCUCGAUUUAGUACAAACGUACUUUAUCUCGGAGGAAUACUUCUUUUGUUAGCAUUGAUAUAAUGCUACACAUAAUGAUUUGAACAUGUUUUAUUCGUCCUUAAACUUUGAGAAGAACUUCUUUUGGUAGUAUCUGUGAUAUGAGACUCUUAAUGAUAGGAAGAUAUGUUAUUAUAAUCAUCACUAUAUGAACACCUUAAAGACAUGUAUUGAUUUAACAUUCAAAUUGUUGCUUAUAUUCAAAAGAUUUAAAAUGAAAACCUUAUCCUAUUUAUUGUACAUUGUUGCAGCCAAAAACGGUAUCAAAUGACAAGUGACAUAAUGAUAAUAUAAUAACAUCCAUAAAUGAUUGCUAUUGUACAAACUGAAUAGUGUAUUGAAAUACUGUAAAUUUGAAAACAUAUAUUGACAAUUAGUUUUAAAGUAUUGCUGUUAAAAAAGUGGUGAUUAGCUGGCAUUGUUCUGCUUCUUUUAUAUGGAUGACCUGAUGAAGCUGCAAGCUGAAUAAUGUGCUCAAAUGAUACAUAAUAGAAGUGGUAUAAUGUUAGAUUAACAUAUUUGUCUAUCUAUGUAGCUUUUGUAGUUCUUUUUAUAAAAACCAUAGAAAAGAGUGUACAUGUAGUUUUAUUUAGAAACAGACAUAUAAUAAACACAUUAUUUGAAA